GGAGCGGAAAUAGAAAGACUCCAUUUGCUAGUUGGACAGAGCUGUAAAGUUCAUGCAGAGGCGGUUGAAUGACAUUAAAAUUCAGGCGAAAACGCAGGAUACGGCACCGCAAAACGAUCGCGAUAAAUCCGCAUGGAGGCGGCCGUCAACCCGUCUUUUGACAGCAGCAGCGUUGGUCUGUCUGUCAUGAGCGGGAUGGAGCAGAGUUCAGGCAAACGGAUCCGAAAACCCUCGCUGCUGUAUGAAGGCUUUGAGAGUCCAUCUCUGCCCCACGCGCCUCCACCCGGCCCUCCUCUGCCACAGCGGCCCCCUGUGAAGGACCCGAACCGACAGGGACGGGCGACCAAUCAGUUGCAGUUCCUCUAUAAGGUCUUAGUGAAGGCAUUGUGGCGGCAUCAUUUUGCGUGGCCUUUUCAUGAACCGGUAGACGCGGUUCGACUCAGCUUACCCGACUACCAUAAGAUCAUUAAACAGCCGAUGGACAUGGGCACUAUCAAGAAACGACUGGAAAAUAACUAUUACCGUGGUGCUGGUGAAUGCUUGCAGGAUUUUAACACCAUGUUUACCAACUGUUACAUCUAUAAUAAGCCCACAGAUGACAUAGUUCUGAUGGCACAAUCUCUGGAGAAAGUCUUCUUACAAAAAGUUGCCCAAAUGCCCCAGGAGGAGAUUGAGUUUCCCCUUCCUGCACCAAGGGGUAGAGGAGCUACGAUGGUUAAAGGACGCAGAGGCAGAGGAGGUGGAAGUUUUACGACCGCUCACCAGGUUCCUGCCGUGUCUCAGUCUGCAUACUCUCAUUCAUCUCCCGACACACCAGAUUCACGGUUUUCCACCCCUCCACAGACCCUGUUGAGUAACACCGGACCCCCUCCAUCCCUGUUGACCCCACCUCCUACUCAACCCACUGCAAAGAAGAAAGGGGUCAAGCGUAAAGCUGACACAACCACUCCCACGACGCUCGGGUUCCCCGGGUCGGCCGCUGUCCGGAUGGGAGGCAUGGGAAAAGGUCACGGAUCAGGAGGAGAAAUGCCCCAUUCCCUCUCGUCCAUGCCUUUGGACUGCAGUCCUGGCAUGGGUGGGAUCAGGGGCGUGGCUGAGUCCGCCCACAUGCAGCCGGUCUUGGGGCGGCCGUUGUCUCGGCGACCCAUCAAACCACCCUGCAAGGACCUGCCUGACUCCGUGCGGCCCCAUCAGCCCAUGCGGCGGGGAAAACUGAGCAAACAGCUGCGCUACUGCAGCGGCGUCCUGAAAGAGCUGCUGUCGAAGAAACACGCUGCGUACGCCUGGCCCUUCUACAAACCUGUGGACGCGUCAACGCUGGGACUGCUUGACUACCAUGACAUCAUCAAACACCCUAUGGACCUCAGCACUAUCAAGAGAAAGAUGGACGAGCGAGAGUAUAGAGAUGCUCAACAGUUUAGCGCUGAUGUUAGAUUAAUGUUCUCCAACUGCUACAAGUACAACCCACCGGACCAUGAUGUUGUUGCCAUGGCGCGCAAUCUGCAGGACGUUUUCGAGUUCCGCUUCGCAAAGAUGCCCGACGAGGUUUCAGAGGAAGAGGAAUUGUCUCCCAUGCCGCUGGGGCGAAACAUGGGCAUGCGUGGAAUUCAGCACUCCUCUUCUUCAUCCUCCUCUUCCUCAUCUUCAUCUUCAUCUUCCUCUUCAUCAGAGAGCGAGCCGAGCAGCGAUAGCGAGCCGAGCAGCGACAGCAGUCCGAGUUCUGACAGCGAAGAGGAGAGAGCUCAACGUCUGGCCCAGCUGCAGGACCAGGUGUGCACCCAGCUGCGAGCGGUGCAUGAGCAGUUGGCAGCUUUGUCCUCCGGUCCCAUCGUUAAACCCAAGAGGAAACGAGAAAAGAAGAAAGACAAGAAGAAGAAAAAGAAGCCGGAGAAACGGCGAAGCGGCCACAGCCUGAUGGACGACGACCACGAGAAACCCGGCAGACUGCCGAAGAGCAAAUCCAGCCGAAUCUCGCUGUCAUGUUCACAGAGCAAGAGAAGCACUGCCAAGAAAAACAAAAAGAACGCUAAGAAGUCGGCAUCAGCGUCUCAUUACGUAGAGCCCACCGUAUCUCUUCCUCAUUACGACUCGGAGGAAGAAGAGGACGGGCUUCCCAUGAGCUACGAUGACAAGCGACAGCUCAGCCUGGACAUCAACAAGCUGCCCGGGGAGAAACUGGGCCGUGUGGUGCACAUCAUCCAGUCGCGUGAACCUUCCCUGCGCGACACAAACCCAGAGGAGAUCGAGAUCGACUUUGAGACGCUGAAGCCGUCCACUUUGCGUGAGCUGGAACGAUACGUCAUGACCUGUCUGCGCAAGAAACCUUGCAAACCUUACGUCAUGAAGAAAGAAGGAGGAGGCGGGAAGAGCCGAGAGGAGCUGGCGCUGGAGAAGAAGAGAGAGCUGGAGAGAAGAUUGCAGGAUGUGAGUGGACAGCUCAACUCUGCCAAAAAACCACAGAAACCCAAAGCGGAGAAACCCAACAGCGUGGAACCUCACAACGCUGCGUCUCGUCUGAGUGCCAGCAGCUCCAGUUCAGACUCUUCCUCAUCUUCAUCUUCCUCCUCCUCAUCAGACACCAGUGAUUCUGACUCUAGAUGAAGAGAUCUUGAAUUCUGGACAUGCAGGACAUGUUAUAUGCCUGUCGUUCCCGGGACACCUUGUGCUUGUUGUUUAUUUCUAUGUGCAAAUGUAUAUAUUGUGUAGAAUUUUUUUCUUUUAUAAAGAAGACUUUUACCAAAAUGCCCAUAAUGGGAACUCCAGUAUAACUCCAUGUGUCAUUUCAUCAAAAACCUUGCUGUUUUGUUUUGCUUGUACUGCUUUUCUCUGCAUUGGUUUAAAAAUCAGGCACGCUAUCUGUUUUUUAUUUCAAGCAACCAAACUUACAUUAAGGUACGGUUUGCUUUAAAAAUAAGACCCUCGGCUUAAAAGAGUAUAUUUCUGCACUAAAGGUUUUGUUUUGGAUGUGCAAUGUAUGACAGAUCGUUCACUAACUUUCCAUAUGGCUUUGAAGUACAUGAAAGCGAAUAUGUGCACAAUGAACCUGCUCACCUCGAUAUUACCUUGAUUUCUUUUAAUUAUCUUUCACUUUUGGCACGCUCAAAUGAUCAGAAACUAGCAUACAUUUGUCAGAUAGUCUUAUUAGGCGUCUGUGAAAUUGUAGUGACAGGACAUUUAUCUCUUAUUGUGAUAAUCAUUAAAAAUAAUAGCCGUAUUGCCUCAUUGGAUUUUAAGAGAGGGAUUGUAUUUGUUCAUUAGCGCCAGGGAAAGCUACUAGAUUGAGUUACGUGUUUUGAAUAGAUAUUUAAAAGGAUAUAAGGUUGAAGGUUAAGCAAUAGAAAAUCAUUUAUUGUGUUAAGUGUACAUACAUUACAUAAUACCAUCAUCCAAUUCUGUUUUUAUUCUUGUGUAUUUAUUUGCAACUCUUUUUCUAGAAAAAUGUUUUUGUAUUUAUGAGAAAAAUGAGUUUUUGUGACAUUUCAUGCUGUAUCCUCAAAGUAUAUGCAAUCAGUUUGAUUUGGAUUGAAAUACAAAUGCAACAAGUGAA